AUGACGAGAAAGAGGUUCUCUACAAUAUGCGGAAGUUCUGACAUUCGGAACCUAACUGGAAUCGGGAAAAUCUAUGCUGAACGAUUUUAUGCAAAGUCAAUUAGAACUAUUCAGCAGAUUCUCGGAUUACGGUUGCUAUUGGGUCCCCAUCGAUUUGAGGGAUUUUUACGAGAAGGAAUCGGAAUGAAAGGACGCUGGAGAAAAAUUCUCUGUUCGGACGUGAAUAAGUACAUGGCAAACAUCAAAGAUGACAUUACGACUGCUCGAUCAUUUAAUAACAACCAAAGCGAAAAUGGAGAGCCAAAAUCAACCACAGAUAAAACCAAAAAGCGCCCGACGGAUCUGUCUGAGGGAGAAACUGAAGCUAAAGGAUUAACUCUGCUGAAGUUUUCAAGAAUUCUAUCGUGCGUCUAUUACUUGCUCAUGAUUAUUGACUCGAUUGGAUGUUAA